UGAUUGACAAUUUAACAUGAUUGCAAUAAAAAAACUGGCAGGAAUAGGAGCUUUACACUUCAUUCUAUCUAAAAUGAUAGUAACGAAUAGGAAUAGAAGGGAGCUUGAUUGCAUCGGCAUAAUCACUUGAUCUCUUGCUUUCCGAAUGACGUAAAAGUGAUAAUAGGUUAUUGCUAUUUCGGUAUGACCGACAUUUAUCGGGAUUUCACGAGUCACAGUUGACGCGUACGCGUGAUCAAUCGAAAGUCUGCACGAGACUAUCGUAGUAUGACACGUGACAAUACGUAAUAAAUUAAAUGUUGGUGUGUGCGUGAAUAUGGUGAAUUCAAACAAAAUAAUAAACAUAUGGAAAGCUGCUGACGCUGUGACAUUUGAUGUUGAUUCAACUGUCACUAGAGAAGAAGGCAUUGAUGAACUUGCAAAUUUUUGUGGAAAAGGAGAACAAAUUCGUGAAUUAACAAAACAGGCCAUGCAAGGUGACAUGACUUUCCAGCAAUCCUUGUUAAUGCGAUUGCAGAUCAUAAAUCCAAGUUUAACUCAAGUGAAAGAGUUUUUAGAUAUACAUGAAAUAAAAUUAACUAAUGGUAUCAAAGAACUUGUGUCAGAUUUACAAACUCGUGGAAAAGAUGUGUAUCUAAUUUCAGGUGGUUUCCACUGUCUUAUUUUGCCAGUUGCUAGAAAAUUAAAUAUAAAACCUGAGAAUAUAUAUGCUAAUAAAUUGAAAUUUUAUUUUACAGGUGAGUUUGCUGGAUUCGAUGAAAAUCAGCCAACAUCUAGAAGUGGUGGCAAAGCAGAAGUAAUACAACAUCUUAAAGAAACAAGAGGAUAUAAAACUAUUGUUCAUAUCGGUGAUGGUUCAACAGAUUUAGAAGCGUCACCUCCAGCAGAUGCAUUUAUAGGAUUUGGUGGUAAUGUCAUUCGUGAAAGUGUAAAAUCACGUUCUCAGUGGUUUGUAAUGAACUUUGAUGAUCUUAGAAGAAUCUUAUAAUUAUAAAAAUAGAAUAGUCUGUAUAUAUAUAAACUAUAUAAAAUGAUUGAUGUAGAAAAAAUACACGUAAAAAUAUUGCAUUAGAAUUUUAAAAAUAUGCAUUAUAUGUACAUUUUAGAUAAAAUAUUAGGUCUAUUCGUUUUAGCUGCACUGCUGGACUAGUGCAAUAAGUUAGAAAAAGACAUACAUACUUUCUUUCACUCUAACUAAUUGCACUAGUGCAGCAGUGCAGCUAAAAUGAACAGACCCAUUAAAACAAGAUAACAAAAACUCAUUUUUUGUUACCUUGUUUUAGUAAAGCCAUAUAAUGUUUUUAUAUAAUGUUUUUC